AUGUCUCAUUGUACCAAGAGUGUACAACUGCUCAGUAGAGAAUGGAGAUGUGACCAUAUCUGUGUUAGUAGAUCUGAAGGUAGAAUGUCAAUGUCCGAGAUGGCUAUGGUCUCAUUGGUAGCUCCACCUGUUCUGGGGCAGGAGGAGGGUAGCAGAGGGCUCAUCGAGCAGCUGUCGGAUCGAGAGUCUGCACCAACACUGAAGGGUCUCCACCUGUCUGUGUCACAGAGGACUGAGUUCGGUUCAGAGGGAGAAACAUGCAUUUAUAUCAACGUAAUGCAGUGUGGAAAAUGGUGAGAUGUGACCACCAGUGCAUAUCGAGAUGGCU